AAACGGCACGUUUGGAUAGCAACAUUUAAUUUAAAAAUACACACUACUAUCGACAAAUAUAGUGGCGACCACCUGGGAAACUGUGCUUUCUGAAAAAUUAGAACAUUUAAAGGGAGUUAAUACCUGCUACCAAAAUGUCAAAACGAGAUAUGCAACGAUGUAAAAUGAAGUAGACUUUUACCCAUCUUUUUAAAUCUAUUCUUCAGCCUACUGCGAGGCUGCGAAGUUAUAGUUAAUUAAAACAAAAAGUUGAUAUCAUAUAAACUCCUACUUGGACAGCGGCUUGAACAAUUGAACAUUUGUUCCAUAAUCCGCUGAACUGUGAUGUUGUUACAUAAUUUCAUUUUAACAGUCCAAACCCCUUUCGUUAGGUAUGUGUAUUUUGUCACUAUGGUUACUUUUCUGGCACUCCCACGUAUACAAACGAAAAAGGCUGAAUACACAAAACACACCUUCGUCCCCCAAUACGUAUAGACUUUUGUCAGUAAGUAAAACAGAAACAAUCUUUACUUUGGUUUUUAGCGGUUAUUGAACCACUGAAAUCAAAGUGCAGUAGAGAACCGAAGUGCUGUCUGCAAGCUGUUAUCGCCGCUCUGAGGAUUUCUUGGCAGGACCGCUUAUUUACUCGGUGCUAUUUUAAGAUUGUUAGUGGAUCCACCAUGGCCCAGGUCUAUAAGAUCUCCUCCACAAAGAAGCUGGUGCAGAUGGAGAAAGAGCUUUCAGUUCAGCUCUUUUUACUUAAGACGGAGAUAGAGGAGAACGGGAUUCUGGGGGACACACCUUUUUACAGCUCUAUUCCCAUCCCAAAGGACAUUUCCUACUUUCGCCUGGAGAGAGAACAGGUGCUGAAGAAAGGUCUACAGGUGCCAGGGGCUCGGCAUCUCAUUUCUCAGGCGGAGGUGAUACAGGGGGAGUUAGAGAGCUGCCUGAGCAGAGAAUACACUCCCGAGAACCUACCAUUGCUCCUACACCAGGUAGCCCACCGCAAGCGGGGAACAAGGCCGGUGGAUUGGCAAGCCAAUAAACCAUAUGACAAAGAUCCCCAAAGGGAAUUCUAUGCAGACAGAUGCUACCAUCUGGCACUGUGCAAAUAUCUACACAUGCUGAGAUGGAGGAGGUUUUGCAGACAUGCCAGCGUCAUUGAGAUGUUGUAUCCCACAUACAAGAGACAACUGGCCAACUUGAUGAGUGAGUAUGAGGACUCAACUCAGAGGGUACAGAGACUUGCACCAUCCAGGGAAAAGGUGCUCUUGGGCAAGGGCAGUUCCAUCAACAUGGUCACUUUGGAAGAUUUGGUUAUCUACUUGCAGUGGCUGGUGUGUUACCUUCACUCAGUGAAGACUGUCCACGGCUUUCUGCGGGAACUGCAGUAUCUGCCAGCAGGUGAGUGGGAACAUCAGGACUCCCCGGGGAGUUGCUUGGCUGGAGGGACACCGGUUCGAAAGGAUUCCGCCUCCGCUGUGCCCCAGGUGUCUGGCACACGUCCAUCUCUCUCCUGUGACCGCGAUGGGGUCUCAGAGCUGCCCAGAUUCAUGGCGAAGCUGGAGAACUUUAGUUCCCAGCUGCAAGAGCUCAUCUCUCAGUUCAGCAUGAAGUAUAACAUAGCGGAUAUGAGGACCAGUGCAGAUGAAAUAGAGUUAUUUGACAUGGUGCGUAAUGAAUUCAAGACUGUCUUUGCGAAGCAGGAGGCAAUGUGGACCUUCCUCAGGUACGGCAGCACUGAAGCAUUAGAGAAGCAGUGGGGUAGGAAGGACCCCAAUAUGGCUCUGAAAAAAGAAGCCACCUGGAUCCCCUUUAUCAAGGUUACGCCCAGACUUGAUCCCUGGCAGCAAAAACUUAUGACUAAACUUCGACAACAGUGCCAUAAGGAUGAGCUGCUGGACAUGCUCAAUAGGCUCUUAAAGGUAUCAGACUCCCUGGUGGUAGCAGAGACCCUAAAGGACUAUGCAGUCUCUUUGUAUGACCUUGCCGCACACCAGCCAUCACCGGCGACUUCAUGCCGCACCAGCCGAAGUUCCGCCCACAUCUGGGCGAUGAUAUACCGUGGUACACGUGCCCUUCAGGAAUCGAACCAGCGGGACAGUGAUUCAUUCGAAAAUGGUGACUGCAGGGAAAAGACGUUAGACGGUGCCAAACAAUCGACCGCGUUAACGAACCCAGGUGUGGACAGCAUGCAGCUUUUGUGUCUGGAUGAAGGACAGUUGAAGUGCAGGAAAGAUCCAGUUUUUUCCAGGGGAGCCUUCUUAUCCUUCCUCUACCUACGAUAUCUUAGGGUUAGGGCACUGCAGCGCUCCUGCUUGGGAAUGCUGAACUACCUUCGAUCCGUGGAAAGGACGCUCGCUUAUGACGCAGUAGCCCUCAGAGAGGAUCCUGGAAAACAGAGCAGCAAUGUUGAGAUGUCCAACCUCAUGAGUGCCCCUACAGGUGGGAGUGGCCUUGCGGGGGCGCUGGGUUCUCAUCACUACCUCUACAGCACCCCCGCGGACUACACGGUCCAUUGCGCUGAAGUCAUGGAUGUUCCUGAUGCAGAGAACCUGCAUGACUUUUAUAGCUCUGAGCAGGAGAUCCUCCACACCCAGGACCAUUGUGGACUGUAUAUUGUCUAUGACGUGGCUUUGAAUGAUCUGAGACAACUGGAAAAUACUGUGCUUCUGGUGGCCUCACACUAUAUCCAGAACAGAGCAGCAAAUUCUUCAGCCCCGCAGCCGUGUGACCUUCUGUCUUGGGCCCAGGCAGAUGUGGAUCGGCUGGCAGUUCUGCUGGACCUGUGGAAGUGUGAAGCUGACUUUCUUAGGAGCAAGAUUCGCCUUAUGGACUGCUACUUUGAGGCCUACCAGCAUGUGGUAGAUCCAGAAGAGAGGGUCAAGCUGGCGCAGGUCAUCACAGACAUCAUGCACAGGAGGCCGCAGAUGGAUCUGGAUGAUGGGUAUUUUGUUAAGACAUACAGGGCGGAGCUGGCUUGCCUACAGAGCCAUCAGGAACUCAUCAAAGCGGUCCUCAACUGCCAGAUAGAUGAGUGUCGUCAGUAUCUUCAGCGGAUAUGGAGGGAUGGUCAGAAUGGGACGUGGCAUGAGCACGGCCUGCCUCUGAACUACAUCCCUAAGCAACUGGUCUCCAUCAGCAGCAGCGGCUCUGCCUUAAAGAGCAUCUUCCUCUUGGAGUUUCACCCCUCCCUCUGCCUGGCGACCCACGUGUUCCAGACCCUGAGGCAGCUCUGCACAGACUUCAGCCAGUUAGACAGGACCACGAGCGUCCACGAGAAGCUGGCCCUGGAGCUGCAGGUGCUGCGGCAGGCGCUGCAGAGAUGGGACGCCCGUCUCCCUGCGGGGGCCACGUAUAGCCCUCAGAUCCAGCGAGAUUUAUUUUCAGAUGUGUUUUUUGAGGACCCGUUCUUCGUCAGAGAUGUGGGGCUGUCGGUCGUGGAGUCAGUCGGUAGAGAGGAAAAGACCGGCAAAGAGAGGCAGCUCUUCGUCGUGGAGACCUUCGGCAAACUGCUGGAGCUCGUUACCCUCAGGCAUCGGCUGAUCGAGUCUGCCACUGAGACCGGCAGUCUGUCGCAGUUAUACGAGAGGCUCGCUCUCCUAAUGGGCUUCGGGAAGUUCCAUCUGUACAUGCGGCCCGUGCCGUUCGAGACAGCGGCCCUCAGGGAGAAGCCAGAGAAAGUGCCCGAGCCCGUAACAGCCCCCCCGCAGGAUGACAGCAGUGUUGACAGAUAUAUUCCAUCCAGCCUGGUUCUGGCAGUCCAGGAAGUUGAUGAGAAUCACAUUGGGAAAUUCAGCUUCUACACAGAAGAAGCAGUGGUCCAUCUCAUGAGCAGUUCGGGGAUAGAGAACCUACAGGUGGCCCUGGCCUGUCAGGUGACUCAGAAGAAUGCCCUGAUUGGUGCGGUGAAGCUGGCCUGCCUCUGUGAUUGGGUGCAAAGGACUGUGGGGGCAAAAGAGAGGGAGGAUACCUCCACUACGGAAGUGGAACCUUCCGGAAGGGGAGAGAACGAUGUGGGCCUAGAAUCCAGAAGCCAGCAUAAGACCAGACGAGAUUUAGGUACCAUGCAGAGACUUGCUGAAUCAUUUGUAUCAAUCCAGUUAGAGAAAACAGUCCUCCGAGACAAGAUGCUCGAUGUCUUUCUGAGGAAUAAGGAGGUCAUGGGAUCUGUUACGAGAAACCUUGAUGAAGUGACCAAGCUCAAAAGGAGACUAAUUCUGGAAUUCUGUCAGAGGUUCAGUAUGCGGAUGUCUCAGAGCUGCGUGAGGGGACAGAUUGUGGGCCUCUACCACAGCCUGAACGCAAUACUCAUCGACCUUCCCACCAUCCGUCAGACUUACUUUACUGUGGGACGAGCCAAUGAGGUGAAGAGCGACCGGGAUUCAGAGCAUGGGGUUCAGUCUGAUGUCAGACGUGUAUUCUCUGAAGACGGAAAGAAACUUCUCAACUUGUGGUACAUCCCCGACUUCUCCGAGGUCUUGACUAUGUUUAAAUCCAUGGAUGAUGUGCUUGCUGCCAAGGCUCUCCAACUCAACCUGGACAUGGUGUCAGCGCUUCAUGACAUUGUCUCCUACCUGGUUGGCUUUGCGCACCUGGGGAAUCUCUCCGUGGGGGUCUCCGGCGGGAGGAGACAUGCACCGCUUGCUGCCGACUGGGGGGGUACCGAGGGCAUCGGGGCGGAGCUGGCUGACCUCCAGGGGCGGAUCGCCGCGCUCCCUGACCCCCGCUGCCCGCAGGCCAUAGCCCGGCUGCUCCGCCUCCGUCGCGAGCUCCUCUUCCUGCAGUUCGACGUGGCUGUUCGCCACUGCAUCAGGGAGGCUCUCCUGUCCUCUGGCGACUGUGCGGACUGUCAGACAGUCACAGACAACAUGGGCCACGCCCUUUCCGCGUUGAGCGACAGUGUGAGUGCCAGUGCGCGCGACUCGCAGCUGCGUGUGCCCCGGGCACUGGAGCCGCACUGCAUGCAGGCUGAAAGACUGUACCCCUGGAGGGGCGUUAUUGGACGACACGGCCUGUUCCCAGUGACCAUCUGUGACAUCAGUCCCAUUGAGCAGUGCAUGCAGCUGUGUCUGAGCGGUCUGAGCGACCGCGGCCGGAUGGCCGCCAAUGGCGAGAUGCUUGCCGUGUCCCUUCUGCUGGAGGACGUCCUAAGCAGCGGGCAAGCGGUCGCCCCCUUUUGUGUGGAAAGCGGCUCGGAGGAUCGUCCCCAUAGUGAGGAAACCCAGGGCCGCACUGACCAGGAGGAUGACAUGGGAACGGGGUCCGUGGGCAUCUCCUCGGGCCCCUGGUGGGACCCUCUGCAUGAUUACACGACGAGGAAGGCCUUCCUAGUGCUUUGGAAGCAGCUGGAGGGCUUCAAAGAGGCCUGGGGUCGGCGCCAGCUGAGCGUGGAGCGAAUCAACACCACCAGCUUGUACAGGAAAUACUCCAGCCUCUAUAGAGAGGAAAUUCUGUACCCCAGCAUGAGGACCCUGGUCCGGCAGCUGGGCAGCGAGGAGGAGUAUGGGAGCGUGUGGGCGGAGGGCCAGCCUGUCCCGCUCCCCACCGGAGCCUCCGAGGUGGACAUCAAAACGCAGCAGCUUGGCAGGUUGCUGGAGUGUAUGGAGUGCGACCUGAUUGCUGCAGCACAGAGCAGAAUCCGCAGGGAGCUGAACCUGGUCAUCUCCGAGCGAGGGCACCUCAGCGGGGGGCUUCCUACUGAUUUAUGGAAAAGACCUUCUGUGAAGCAGUGUUUCUCUCCUGAACGGCCACAGAUAGUGGAAAACUUCAUGCAGCAGCUCAUGGACGGCUGUGAGGAGACUGAGGGGAAGUUCACGCUUGCCAAGACCCAUCUACAAGAGUGCCUCACGGCUUUGGGGUGUGCCGUCAUGGGACGGGAACGCAGUAAUUUCCAGGCCUACUCUCUGUUCUAUGAAAACCUGCUGCAGCACGUGACCCAGACGCUGUUCCAGAGAGAACAGGAUUUGAAAGUAUCUGAGGAUCUGCAGAAACAUCAGAAGACCUCUGAGCAGGGCCUCCCUUUGUCCCGGUUUGCUGAGCUCACACGCAGCACAAUGCUGGAGAUGACAGCGCUGCGAGCACGGCUGGCCAGGGCGGAGCAAGACAGCGGGGGGCUGCAGGAGCAACUAGACUCCCAGCACCGCCGCUACGACACACUUGUCCAACAUCUCAUCUCCUGCUGCUGUCAAUUAAAGUCAAGGUUGGAUGAGUGUCACGUGAGGACGGAACGAGAUGUGACUCAGCUGGUCACCAGAGUUCGGAGAGAAGGUGUGGAGAGCAUCAACAAGCUGAAGAGGAGGCCAGGCGCCACAGAAGAUCAUGAGGCUCUGCAGACUGCUUUGAAAGUGCAUGAAGAGCAGCAGGACACGUGGGAAGAACAUGGCCACCUGGCAGGCCUGCUCUGCAAGCUGAAGGCCCUGCACCGGUGGAGACAGAUGGCCAUCCAGGGAAAAUUGCAGCGGCAGUUACACCAGUACCAGCAGGAGGCACUGCUGUAUCAGCGGGAGGGCCUGCAGGUGAAGAUGGUGGCCGGAGAGGAAGUGGCGCUGCUCAAACAGGAAGUGGAGGCCGUAAGGGCAGCCCUGGAACAGGAUCGCGAGGCGCACAGCGACGGCACUGAGCAGCUGCUCUCUCUGAGGCAGCGACUGCAGGCCGCAGAGCAACAGCUGGCCCUGCAGGCAGUGGGCCGGCAGCGCCUGGAGGGGGCACGUGUGCUGAGCCUGGAGCGGCUGCGGCGAGUCGUGGGCGACAAGCAGCAACAGCUGGAAGAGCUGGACGCACAGCUGCAGAGGAGCAGCCGGGCCAACCAGUUGCAGCAGCUGCACAGCCAGAAGGAGAUCAAACAGGUCAGGGCCCAGCUGCUGCAGGAGCGACGGCUGAAACUCGACGCCUUCCGCCGGGUGCAGGGGCUCCGGAACCAGCUCUCCGACACCCAGGCAGAGGUGCACAGAGGCGGCCCCUAUUCAGGACAGAAUAGGACCCCUUUCUCCAGAACGACUCCCAGCACCCAGUCAACUUCAGCAGGGUCGGUGGAGCACCUCGUACCAGCCACCCGCCCUUCAUCUCACUCCGUCCGGUGUGGCGCCCAGGGCCGGGCCGACGCAGACCCCGGAUCAGACAACCUCGGUGUCCUUCUGCAGAGACCUAAAACUGGUCCCAGUCGCUUACGGACACAGCCCCCAGCGGACCCAUCCCCCACGCUCCACCGCACUGGCUCCUCCAAACUCCUCUCUCAGCUCAGGCUAAAUAAGGGCUGUGGGAACAGAUGGUGAGACCCGAUCUGUUCCCAAUGCCCACAACACGAGCUGCGUGUGGAAAAAGCAAACACCUUCCGCACGGCAACAGAGCCCCAUCGAUCCUCGGCUCAAACUCAGCACAGUCAAUGUUCAGCUGUAUGUUACAGCCACUUCUAAAAUGCCUGACUGUCACCUGCAGAUCACAGCAAUCUCAUUAAAACC